UCCAUAUACGCCAACCCAACCUCCGACAUUCUUUUGGUGGCAGAGCCAUCACCGCUAGAGCAACAAAUUGGUGUUGCGCGUAGACAAAUUAUCAAGACAUACUCGGACGCCCAUACCCAUGUUCAAGGUUGGGUUUCAAGAUGGAUUGGCGUAGAGCAUGCGGUAGAGAACCGAGUGAAGUCGAUCAUCUCACCCAAAGAAUCGCUGACGCCUGGCCUACUCUAUGUCGGCAUUGCCACCCUCAGUGGCUCCAUCAUCGCGCGUAACCGCAUACUGGCUACGCGGCUCCUGCUUCCCCCUACCUUCCUCAUUAUCUCCGCCAACCACUUCCUCCCCAAAACAACUGCAAAUCUCUCCGCUUAUUUGGGCUCGCUAGAAGAGACAUACUUUCCUACAUUGGCACAGAAGCAUGACAUUGCGAACGCUCACUCUCAUAUGGCCUGGGAGCGGAUAAAAGAGGCUACUUUGAAUGGCAGGGAUCAGUUGAGUCGUGGGGCGGUAGUGACUGUCGAAAAGAUACAGGAGGUCACGGGCCUGAAGCUCCGGGAGACUUUAGGACUGGAAGCAAAGGCC